GCCUGCCUGGCUUGUUGACUUGAAGUGAUGAUGUCUUCGCAAGAUUGCAGGAGUGCCGCGUUUCUUUUACAUGUUUAAGAAUAGGGAAUAGUGUUUUUAAGUUGCCCUGAUUGUGGUUUCACAAUUUAAUCAAGGAUUGUGUUCGUCUUAAUAUACAAUGUUACUUGUUCUAAUUUUGGCACUUCUCGCAUUGGGACAUGCCUAUGACAAAGCAUCUUUCUAUGGAGCUAGUCAUGUGGCCUACCCCCUGCAAGAAGCUAAAGGUGUGACUGACAUAAGUUUCAGAUUCCGAACUCAUCUUUCUGAUGCUUUACUCUUACUUGCCGCUGGUAAAACUGAUUACUGUAUGAUCCGUUUGGAGGGUGGAAGAUUAAAACUGCACAUAAACCUUGGUGCUGGUGAGAGUGAACUGUCUUCACCAAAAGGUACAUACCUCAAUGACACGCAGUGGCACCAUGUCAACAUUGUUAGAAGAGAGGCCAAUCUUACCAUGAAGGUUGAUGAUAAUGUAGUUAAGAAAAAACUACCAGGCAGAUUCUUUGAGUUAAACAUUCACUUUGGCAUUUUUUUGGGUGGACAAGGUGACUUUUCUGAACUUUUUCUUGGACAUAUGGAAAAUUUCCGAGGAUGUAUGGAAGAUGUUUAUUACAAUGGUGUCAAAAUUAUCGAAAAGGCGCGAAGUCGCAGUGGAUCUGUUCACGUGGAAGGUGUUACGUGGAAUUGUGCGCCCGAGUUCGACGCCGAUCUCACAUCGGACAUCAGUUUUGUUGAUGAAGGAGCUUAUUUGAUUCUGCCUAAAAUAAACUCUAGAGCUGGCGGAAGAUGGCAAAUAGAGUUUAAAACAAUAACACAAAAUUCAAUAAUUGUAUACAACCCUGGAGGAGGCCGAGGAUCUGAUUUCUUGGCUGUGGAGAUCUUAGAAGGGGUGAUACGUGUCAAAAUGGCGCGUGGACAAAUAGUGCACACUGUAAGGGUUAACGAUGGACAGUGGCACAAGAUGCACCUUUUGUUUAACCCAUCCUUGAUUGAGCUCUCGGUGGAUAACAUAGCCAUGAGCACCAGGAUUGAAAGUGGAGGUACUAGAUACCUCGAUCUAUCAGAUUCGUUCUACCUUGGUGGGAUAGAGACAGAGAAGCGACAGCGAGCCUUCGCUAAAGGAAUUAAAGCUGCUGACUCCAGUAUAAUGGGUUGUAUAAAACCAAUAGAGGUGGAUGACAAAAUGUAUGGUCUGCCAAACGCAGUGGUGACAUACGGCGUGAGCCCGAAAUGCGUGUGGUGGUAUCCAUGCCACGCGAACCCCAGUAAUCCCCCUUGUGUGCCGCAAGCUGUAUGUGAACAACAUGGCGUGGAUCACUUUACUUGCAAAUGCGAUUCUGAACUUUGCAUCAACCCUGAUUACGCGGAGAAAUAUAAAGUAUUUUCCAAAUCUAGCAGCGAAUUAGAACUAGUAGCGCUUUAUCCUUUGACCGUCCAAGAAGGCGGCGUGGCUGUAAUCACAACCCAGAACAUCGACGUUGUAUUAGACCACCAUAAAUACGGCGUUCGCCCUUCGGGGGUGCUACUUCACGUCGCCCAGUCUCCCGAACACGGUCGAAUUGCGAUUGAUUUGUCACUGCAACGAAAUUCGCCACAAUACACGAGCUACAUGGAAGGAGAAAAAUCUAAACAGACAUUUACACUUAUGGAUUUAUCGAGAGACAAGGUUCGUUAUGUCCAUGACGGUUCAGAGAAUCAUCAAGACGCAAUAGUUCUCGACAUGGAACUUAUUCCAGAGGCUAAAUUCACACUACCGAGCUAUCUGCAAGGGAGAAACACGUUCGUUCUCCAUGUCAACGUCACGCCGGUCAAUGACCCACCCGUCCUCAAUUUGCUGCCUGGCAAAGUGCUAAGGUUGACACAGGGUACUCGAAAGGUUAUAACUUCGGAUAUACUCAAAGCUGAAGAUCCUGAUACGCUUCCAGAAGAUCUCUUGUACACUGUACUUCAUGGAAGGAAUGAGGCGAACAGUGGUCACAUUGAAAUUUCCGGCCAGCCUGUGGACUCCUUCACCCAGCAAGAUGUAGACAGUGGAAUCAUAUCCUAUGUCCAUGGAGCUACUGGAGAUAAGCAGUUGAACAAAACUUCGAUAAGACUGACCUUGCAGGUAUCUGAUGGGAUAGAAACAAGUGGUCCCGGAGUGUUGAGGAUAUCAGUAGUACCACUUCAAGUACGUUUGGUUAAUAACACCGGACUGCAACUCGUGCACAACUCGUAUGCUAUUAUUACUGCUGACAAUCUCACCUUUACCACUAAUGCAGACGAAACGAAUGUGCAAGUCAAGUAUGACAUAGUGAAGCCCCCGCAAUUCGGUGUCGUAGAACGGCUGCGCGUGCUCGAUGGGACUUGGCAAACAGUGGAUUCAUUUACAAACGAAAUGGUAAAUUUCGGUAAAGUUCGAUACAUGCAUCUUCUAGGUAGUCCAUCCCACGACGAAUUCAAGUUCAAAGCCUCUGUUGGAACAAUACGAACCAACACACUUUAUGAUUUUCGACUGACCUUCAUCAAACUCGAACUCUAUCAAGCAGUCAACGAAGAACUGGUACUAAACAACUCGCGAGAAGCUUUCAUAUCUUCACAACAUUUGAAAUUUAAAACGAGACCACUAGAUUUACCAAGUGAUAGAAUUUUUUAUGCCAUUAUAAGGCCUCCCAAGUAUGGUAUACUGCAUCUUUCGUCAGGAAAACAUCACCUACAAACGCACAGUACUUUCACUCAGCAACAUAUUGAUACCGACCAGCUCUGGUACAGGUUACAUAGACGUGCGUAUUCCCAUAUACAAGAUGAGUUUUCAUUUGUCGUUGGUGCGACAGAAUGCGAGAAUUUUACAGGAGUAAUGACCAUAAGACAUACACCUGGAUCGCUUAGUACUGAUUACAGCGCGGGCCGCGUCCAUACCACCUUAGAAAGACUGCAGGUCAUGGAAGGUUCCAGAAUGGCUAUUCCUGCCACACACCUCAAUUUCAAAACUGACGCCGUUACCAAUCUUGUUUUCAACAUAACUCACUUGCCCAAGCACGGUAAAAUUGAAGUGAUAAAUGAUAAUUUGAAAAUUGUAAGAGAUAAUACGACGUACUUUACGCUACAAGAACUGAACUCUGACAAAGUGUACUAUGCUCACGAUGAUUCUGAAAGUAGACAUGAUUCUUUCCAUUUCAUGGCUUUGAGUCCAGAACCGGAGGAUUUCCAAUACGUAGGCGUCUUCCAUAUCGAUAUUAUUCUCAAGAAUGAUAACAGUCCUAUGCGAGUGAACGACAACGUGUUCCACAUUGUACAUGGAGGCGCAAGACUCAUUACACCUCGAGAUCUAAGCUACAUAGAUGCUGAUUUGGAUACAAAACCAUCAGAUAUCGUCUAUACAGUACAAAGAUAUACUAAAGAUCCCCCGAACGGAGGUAUAUUUAGAGCUGAUAAUCCUUCAGAACAAAUAGCGCAAUUCACUCAAGACGAUGUAAAUAAGAAUCUCGUGCUAUUCAAACAUCAAGGUAAAGAGUAUGGGAAGAUUGCAUUUUGGAUAUCUGAUGGUCUUUUUGAUGUGAAUGGAAAUUUGGAGAUACAAGCCUCGCCGCCGUUCAUUAGGAUGUACCCUACGAAUGGUUCUAUUGUCGAGAAUGGGAAAGCAGUUGUUAUUACGUCUAACGACUUACAGGUGGAUACAAACAUGAAUUGCCUUGAAGAAGACUUUCGAUACGAUAUAAUCCAGGAGCCUAAACACGGCUCUAUUGAAGUAGGAGAAGGGCAGGGCGCCUAUUCUUUCACCCAGCUCGACGUCGCAGCGGGACGUGUAGCAUAUAGACACCGAGAGCCUAAAACACCUACUGACCAGUUCCGGUUCAAAGUAAUGUGCCUCGACACAUGGGGCGAAGGAAUGUAUCCGAUAAAAAUAUUUCCGUCCUGUUAUUGGGAACCACUCAGGGUAACAGUUAGCAAACCGCUUAUCGUCGAAGAAUCUACUAGUGUCAACGUUACGAGAGAUGUGCUCGAGGUUAUGCAUCCGCAAAUCGAACCAUCAAACAUAGUGUAUCAAGUAACAGAAGGUCCCUACCAUGGAUGGUUAGAAAUCACUUCUACGCCAGGCACUAUAGAUAUCGAAAAUUACGACGAGCCGGUGCAGACCAAAGUUUUCGACCAGUCAAUAAUUAAUGUCAACCGCCUAGUCUACGUACAAUCAGGCGUAAAUCGCACCAGGGACAGGAUUAAAAUGGACGUUACCAACGGAAUAGUGUGGCUCAGAGAUGUUGAAUUAACCAUAAUCAUUAUCCCAGAACAUUUUUAUGUCGUUGCAUCGAACCUUACUGUCGUUGAGGGAGAACCGAUUAGUAUAAAACCAGAUUUAUUCCGUACUGUCACAGAGUACUACAGAGGCAAAGUCGUCAUGUACAAAGUCGUUGAGAAGCCUAAGUUCGGUAAGAUUGUCAUGGCUGAUCAAGAACUCAACGUAUUGCCUGUUUUGAAGUUAAAUUCUGGAAAUAUACAGUACGUUAACGACGGCUCGGAAGAAUCAUCAGACUUUUUCAAAGUAAUUGCUAUAACGGAAAGCAGCAAGGAGAGCGAACCGUUCCAAGUUCGAAUCAAUAUCGUGCCUGUAAACGAUGAGACACCGAUAGUCGCUGCGAAUACCGGUCUCUGCGUGUGGGAGGGCGGCACGUUCACCUUUACCAGGAACGAACUUUAUGUGAACGACAUUGACACUCCUCUAGAAAACGUGACAAUUCAAGUGGUGGACAUCGUGUCUGGAUACAUAGCUAUGAAGGGCGACCUUGAGACCCCUGUAAAUCACUUUUCACAAGCGGAUAUUGACAAUGGCAAAGUCAUUUUUGUACACAUGAAUGGCACUAAAGGAAAAAUGAUUUUCAACGUAACAGACGGCUUACACGAGCUGUCUAAAAUUACAUUCCUCAUAUCUACAAAAUCGGUGUCGCUAAAACUCAUUCGAAAGCAAAAUCUCCGCGUGUUUCCACUGAUGAGAGAACCGUUAAAUAAUUACCUUUUAAUGUCUAAGUGUUCCGAUCACACUAGAACGAUUGUCUAUAAAGUUGAUCGAGCUCCUACUCUAGGGAGAUUGAUUAUGAUGGCAGGAGAUACACACCAUCGUACUGUGAAACAGUUUACUCAACAAGAUGUAAACAAUUCUCUUGUGUACUACGAGCACACUCACCCGUUCUCGGAUCUGUACACAAAUGAUUCCUUUAUCUUCACUAUUGAAGCGGCGUUAGCUAAACCUAUAAAUGAUCAAAUAUUUAACAUUGAUAUUUCUGUGUCUUCUGGUGGUCUUGCUAAAUUCAUUCAUAUUCCUCAAAUAAAAGUUGAAGAAGGUAAUAAAAUUCCAAUUAAAGUGAACGUGACAAAUGUUAUUGCAUAUUUGGAAACACAAGCAGGGUUAAGACAACCUCUGAUUGAAGCCCAGUGGUCUCAGCCAAUGCAUGGCGAACUCAAACCUUACAUGACGUCAUUGACUCAAGCGCAACUCGAAGGUGGAGUAGUGAACUACGAACACGAUGGUUCAGACACUGUACAAGACAAAAUUGACAUGGCACUUUAUCUUUUACCAGAUUACGUAGUGCUUUGUAAUGUUACCAUACCUAUUAAUAUUAUAGCGGUCAAUGAUCAACCGUUCAGACUAUUAACUGAGACACCCAUGAUACAAGUGGUACAAGGAGAAAACUACACUUUGACUCGUAACGAUUUGCUCACAGAGGACGCCGAUACUAAACCUUCGGGGAUUCAAUAUGAUAUAAUCAGUGGCCCCACACAGGGUAGAAUAAUAAUGCUGGAUAAAAAUCAAUCAAUUGACGAAGCACAGUCCAUUAGCAAAUUCACACAAGAAGACAUUAACAAUGGCAAAAUUAUAUACGAGCACUCUGGAAUGUUGCAAACAGCUUCUUUUUAUUUCAGAGUGUGGGAUGGACAGUUCAAACCUACUUACACUGUAUUCUCUAUAGACGUUAUACCUGUUGCAUUGAAUGCUACAUCUUUACGGCCAUUGUACUUGCAGCAAGGCCAUAACAUUGCUACUCUUACCACAGAACAGAUAUAUGUAGAAACCAAUGCCAAGAAAUCCAAUGUCUGGUAUAAUAUAACGCGACAACCCCAAUAUGGUGUAAUAUAUGUCGGAAGACAAUCCGUUAGUAAUUUCUCUCACAAAGAUUUGCUAGACAGACUUGUAAGGUAUAUGCAAAACGAUAUGUCAACAGCUAACGAUAGCUUCGAACUCAUAGCCUACGUUCAUAAUAGUAACUCUACCCAACCAUUUAAUUUAGAUGUAAUUGUUCAACCAUUGAUGUCCUUAAAUGAUUUAGGAGUUGAAAGUGGCAAAGUAAAGAUAACCUUAAACGUUAUGGACGCGUCUAGCCUAGCAACGUUAACGGCCAGUGAUCCUCUUUUUAAUAUAAUACGUAAACCAAGACACGGUAUUAUAAAGAAAAUCAUCAGAAGUUCUGGUGGAAAAACUAGUGCAAGAGAGCGAGAAAUAACAUACUUCACACACGAGGAUAUAAAAGCUGGAGUUAUUUACUAUGUUACGAAGAAAAAAAUCUCUGAAUUGAAUGGUGUCGAAGAUAGUUUCAAAUUUUUACUGUCUUCGACUAUGUUUCAACCUGCUGCGGGAGAAGUAAAGAUCUAUUUAGGAACCCGGCUGAAGAAGGAUCUGCCGGGGCCCAAUGAUCCCGAAAGUCACGAGGGGGUACCUGUGGCAAAUGGCGAAACAGCAUCAUACUACAUGAUGAUUCUAAUGGCUUUGUCCGGGACUAUCCUAGCCAUCGUGGUGAUAUUUGGGCUUUUGAAAUGCCGGCGGUACUUGUUGCGAGAUCAAAACGCGCUGGCUAAAAUACACGGGCAGACGCAGGGAGUCGCUCCGAUACCCCUGCCGCGACCGCCAGACCAUCUUAUGCCAUCGCCAGCGCAGGGCACGCCUCCCAUUAAGCGUUACGUGUCGUCGGAGCAGUCGGUCCACACUAGUGCAAGUACGCCGCUGCCGUCGGGCGGCAGUGUAGCGUGCAAAGUGACGCCGCUUUCCGACGCCGCGUUGCCGGACCUCAAUACGAGGUAUCCUUAUGGCACUGAGGACCAUACUGACGCGGAGGACUGGAGUAGCUACGAGGCGAGCGAGUCGGCGUAUCCCAUCCGAGCGGGCAGUGUCGCGCCAAACCCAAUGCUGCGCCGCAACCAGUACUGGGUCUGACCCGCGGACUCUGCAACAUUGCCGAGGGUGCUUAAGCGCGUAACCCUAACUGCGCGUGAAAGCAAGAGCGUGACUCUGAAACGAUGUCAUCACCAGCGGCGUGUCGACCUAGUUCCUACUCCAUUUCUCCUCAGUAAUUACCUCGUGUCGAACGAACACGAAAAUUGUGAGAUUACACUCUAAAUAAUUCUAAUUACGAUGUGUGACAUAACUUGCAUAGUAUUAGUAUACUUUGAAAGUUGCUGGAACAGCUACUUGUUUCUUCUAUUUAUAAGACCAAUAUGUGAUAUUCCUUAGCGGACGAUUUAUUGGUAUAAGAAUGAAACAAGAGCUCUGUUUUAGCGACUCGAUUAUAUUUAAUAGUUCAAAAUCUUAGGUGUGUGCGAUGUCCUAACUGCUAUGAAUUUUGUGACGCGAUGCGAUUAUUUAACAUCGCAUUCUUCGUAUGUUACACAGUACAUUUUCUUUUUAAUAAACAGAAGAUAUUCUAGUUGUCUCGUUAGGACAUGAGGUUAGGUUAUUUAACGCAUUAAUAUCAUUCUGCUAUACUAUAGUUAUUGACUUCAUCAUUACAGACGAGACAACCUCUGUAUUGAUGGACUUCAACACUGGCAUCUACACAGUAAUAUGUUCCAUUUAAUGAGCGUUAUAAAUAAUGGUAGGGCUACCAACACACCUUGCAGCGAUUCAUGUAUUUUAUCUAUUCGCCUAUUUGUAACUUGUUUCGGAAUUUCUCUAUGGUGCAAAACAAAGCCAAUGAUAGUGCCAAAGCUUGUUAUUCUUAACUAGUUUUUAUAAGGUUAUAUGAAUUUAAUUAUAUAUUUUACCCAUAUUAUUCAUUAUAGUUAAUCUGUUAACAUAAUUGCCAGUUAGUUUAUACCACAUUUAAUCAGACAUUUAAGGAACUGUAACUUUACGUACGUAUGUAUUGCAAAAAAUGUUUUAGAUUUUCUAUUUCUACGUACAAUCACGAACAAAAUACAAAUACAUACGUUCGUUUGUGUUGAUACUUGGAGUACCUGAACGCCAACUUUUUAUUUUAGGAAUGAGAAUGCUUAAAUAAGUCUCCUUUCUGUUUUUUUAAACAGUGAGGGCAUAAAAAUGAAAAGAAGUAUAGUUACGAGUUCCACACAUCCUUCUUUAUAAUAUUGAUAACUAUGUAUAAAAAUUUAGUCUCACCGUGUUGAGGCGCACUGUGUGUGGGGCCUCACAAGUUUUGUAUAAACUUGUGUGUACUGGUAAAAUGGAAUUAAAUUUUUUGCAAUGUAUUCGCAUGACGUCUGUAUAAAUGUUCUAGACAGCUUUAACUCAAGUUGAUAAAAUAAAUAUAUACUUUCUAGUUGACUACUUUACUGAUCAUUUGUUAUGGGAGUGGCAGAUUGAUCAUUUCAAUUUGGCAAAGAAUGCCGACAAAUAGCGUAAGUUUAAUUUUUAUGUACUUAACGUCACAGUUAUUGUUGAAGUAUUAUAGAGUAAUUGCACACGUCUGCAAGUUGUAUACAGGGUUAUUAUUAAAAAACUAACAACCUCUCAGGACCUUAGCACUAAUAUCUUGACAACAAUUUUUAUUCCGUGACUUUUUAGAAACGUAAUAUUUUUAUUAACGAUAAUAUUAUUGUCGUACUAUCUGACACUUCUUAGAUGUGUAUUUGGUACUAACGUAAUAAAUUCAGACGUGCAAUCGAUGUCCCCCACACUCGCUUCUGCGUUUUGCACAGAUUUAUAACCGUUUAGAGCGAUCUAUUUGAAUAUAUUUAUUUUUGUAUGAAAGUAAAAUCUGGUGAAUUAUUAAAAGUCACGGAGCAAAAGUUACUGUUUAUGAUGUUAGUAAUACAGAGAUUAUACCUGCGAGAUUGUUUGUCUUUUACAAAUAACCCCGUAUAUUGCUAAUUUGAUAUGGGAAAUAGUUCUAAGUUAUACUCCAAGCACGCGCUUCGAGUAUAACUUAGGUGUCAAUGGUUAAGACACCUUUAUAUCGGAGCAAGCUAAACAUUUGGGUAACAACAACAACUUUGGCUCAUGAGUACUAUAUACAAGUAAGAAAUUAAAUUCUUUGUACGUUGAACAAAGUUAUUCAUAAUUAACUUUAAAAUGAGCAAUUACGACGACCGAAUGUGUGAGUGCACAAUGUAGAGAAUAUGACCACUACGUCAGGCAAAUUUUGCAUUCGUGUGCCAUUUUCAAAGUAUUGUUGAGGCGGAUCUGGACGCGUCUCCACCGACUUGGUGAUGCCAAGUUCGACGAUGUACCCAUAAGUAUGUGUAAAAAAUACUAUUUAUUUUUAUGUUAAAUGUUAUUAAUCUGUUCACAUUACUAUGGUGACCAGUUGCUGCUACUGUAAACAGGUCAGAAAUUCUGUAAAAUAUUGCUCUGAUGUAAAUGCGCCUUUAGAUAUUUAGACAAUUAUUUCAUCUGCUAAGACUGCACAAUUUCUUACAAAGAACAUAAUCUUCCACCAAAACACCACGCUAGAAUUAUUUUACAGCCAUAUGCGGACAACGGCACGUCGAUCUUUACAUAAAAGAUUAAAAUUUAAAUCUAUGCAGCUUAUUAGAACAUGGAGUCAACAGCACGUUUAGCACCUUGAAAGGUGUAAAACGUGCUGUUGACUGAACAUUCUAGUGUCCAGUUUAGACCGAUGAUAUAUUGUUUAUACCAAGUUUUCCUUGUUUUAAAGCGGAUUGAUAGUAUUUAUAAAAGAUGUUAAAAAUGGACACUUAAUAUUUCAUGGGGUGACUCUACCAAUGAUUCUGAAAAACUAUUCCCUAAGAAACCUACAACCAGUUCUAGACAAUUUGUUUUCUAUUCAUUGAAAAGACAAUCAACAGAUUCGAGUACUUUUAUGGAUAGUUGUAAGUUUUUUUAAGCAAGGUCUCUGAGAGUAUUUACUCCGUACCAUUUAAUAAAAUUUCUUAUAUACUCUUUUAACAUCUUUUUUAACACUGCAGGUUUACAAAAAUAAAUAGGGUCCACUUCGAUUAAAUGUCAAAAUGUAACUUGGACGGUAAAGCGUGUUAUGACAUAAGAAACUGGUGCCAUUUGUCUUGUUCGAAUUAAAAUAAUAGAAUAUCAUCUGGAUAGAUAUAACACGUUUAAAAGGUUUGUCAAGUACAUUAGUGCGUAUUGAAAUAAUAGAUGUAAAAUCAAAGUGUCCUAUUUUAUUUUGAAUAGUAUAUAAUUGUUAGGUUAAUGCUAAAUCAGUAUAGCUAAAUUUAUAACACAAAGAGCUGGCUAUAUAAUGUUUUAGUUUUGUAGAAUAUCCGGUAGUUGCAUACGGUGCAUCUUAAGUACAAUUACAUACAUAUAGAUGCUAAUGGCGUGUUUACACUGGGUCGACUCCCGUCUUCGGCAGACUACUUCAUAUUGAUUUGGUUAUUCCGACGAAGGUGGGAUUCGACUCGCUAUUUACAACGAGUCGACUGCUGCCUUUUCGAUAAACAAAGGCGGCGCAGUCGAAGUGCUGUUUACACGGAGUCGACUGUCACAUUCGUCGAUAUAACCAAGUCAACAUAAAUACUAAUUUUCGUACGAUAAAUCGAUCAAAACGUUCAACAAACUUAUCGUGUAGGUAUUCUCUGGCACUUAUCACGCACCACUAAUUUUCGUACGAUAAAUCGAUCAAAACGUUCAACAAACUGAUAUCUGUCCUUAUGAGAAUAAAGGAUCGUGUAGGUAUUCUCUGGCGCCUAUCACGCGCAUCGUGGUGGGAUGCGGCCGACUCGUUGGAGCUUGGUUAACAGUCGCUUGCCUAAGGCGACCGAGUUGCCUGUAAGUGGUUAGGUCGGUAGCGAAUUAGAGUCGUCAAAUGACUUGCUUAGUGGUUAAAUACGGCGGCUUUUAGCAGUGAUGCAAACAGUGGAACGCGCGUUUGCAUUGCAGUUGCUAUCGAUGCAAACGCGCGACUGCAUCGAUCGAUACAGUCGCUUUUGUUGAACAACGAAAAAUCUGUAUAGGCUUAUGCACAUUAUUUUGUUUUAUUCAUUGUAAAUUUAAAAGUGAAAUUAAUAAAUACAUUAAAUAAAUAAAUUAGUUAAUUAAUUAAAACUAGCAUCACGUUUGCAUCGUGUUUGUAUCGUUUGCAUCACGUUUGUAUCUUGUUUGCAUCGCUGCUUAAAGUCGCGCGCGUGUGUAAAGGUAGACGAAUAGCGACUGUAUCGCUGCUAAAAAUCGCCGUGUGUAACCGCUCUUAGUGUUUACAUUGAAUAGGUUGCCGUCUUCGGCGGGCACGCGAAGACUACCUGUCCACCCGGUGUAAAUGCUCCAUAAGAAAACGAAUGAGUGAGCAAUAGAGAUUAAAUAGAGAUAUGAAAAUGUGCCUACAAUAGUGUUACCUAUGUUAUAGAAUUUCCAUUGCUGGUUUUUAGAAAACAGUAAUACUUCAAUCCAGCGCUAUACUUCUCUGGCUAAAUUUUGAUAACAGUUUCAUAAACAACGGAUAUCAAAUAAUUUUGCAAUAUUUAGGGUAACCGUACUAAAUUAAAAAUAAUAUGUUAUGUUACUCUGUAAGAAUAGAAAAAUCUUAUAAUGUUAGUAACCUGAAUUGAUUAAUGCAAUUUUUAAGCGAAACUAAAAAUAACGCCAACUUCCUAUGUGCCAUUUUAAAAGUAAUAUUGUGGUUUUAUAUUAAAUUAAGUUGAGAAUUGU